AUGCGCGUGCUGGCGCGCGCCUUCUGCCGGCUGAAGACGACGCUGCCGUGGGUGCCGGCCGACACGAAGCUCAGCAAGCUGGACACGCUGCGCCUGGCCGCCUCCUACAUCGCGCACCUGCGCGCCAUCCUCACCGACGAGCCGGCGCCGCCCUCCGCCCGGCACCCGCUCAACCUCUCGCGCGCGCUCCGUAAACAAAGAUGGCGGCGACUGGACGAGACGCACCUGGGCAAGAUGGCGGCGGGCCAGCCGCCGCGCCGUGCAGCGGCCCCGAAAAUAAACAGCGCCAUUAAAAGUGGCGGCGGAGCGCGGAUCGCGCGCAGCUGGCGCCCCCGGCCGCUGUUUACCCGCCCCGGCUAUUGUGGAAGGCCGCGCCGCGCCGCGCAUCCGGCCAGGGCGCCCGGGGUCGCGUGCCGCUGCCCUGUGUCUCCACAAGGUACGUGGCCGUUCAGCUUCCAGCAGCAGACGGCGCCCGCCCCCGCGGCGCCGGCGCCGGCGCAGCCGCAGCCCGCCCCCGCGCUGCCGCCUCCGGCUGGGGGCGGCGCCGAGCUGCAGUGCUCCGCCGCGGCUGGCUGGCCGCCGGCCGCCUGCCGCCCCCACUUGCCGCCCUCGCCCUCCUCCUCCUGCAGCGCCGACGGCGACGGCGACGGCGACCUGGACGAGGACGACUGCCCACUGUUCCACCGCCAGCACCAGCUACAUUGUUUCAUACACGAGGACCUCCAGAUGCCUCCCACAGGAAAAUAUCGACUGGGGGCUGAGAAGGCGAUCGUGGUAGCCGUACAACUGGCCCACCGCGAGCAAUCCAGCGGCCCGGAAAGGCUGGCUGCAGACGUGCCCUCAGCUGUGUGCAGACGUGUGCUGGGGCUCCGUCGUGCAGAAAUCGGAUGCGACGACGAAUAG